UCUGCAUACACGCACAAGAGUGUAUGGCUGAAUGAUGACUUUUCGACAUUCUCCUUCAUGGCAAUCACAAUACUCUCUGCUCAGCUGCAACGCGAUUCAUAGCUAUUCGGUUAGACAUGGUCUCUACAAUGUUACCUUGAUCGGACCAGCCUUGUCGCUCAGAAAACAUGCACUAUUACCGAACUCAUAAAACUGUCUUUGUGACAGAUCUAGGGCAACAACAAAGACGGCCUUUGAAUCGAAAGACUCCACGCCAUGGAAGUGUGCAAAAGACGCAUGUAAUUAUAAUCCACGUAAUGGGUCAGCUCACAUCACAUUUACUUUCUUAGCUCCCUGGGAAAUGAUACUCCAAACUGCCAGUGUGACUCGAAAAGUUCGUAAAAUAUGACGAUUUUGUCGUUAAUAUUCAUCUGCACAUGCUUGCUACCGGUGUCUAUAUCAGGUCUCCAGAGAGCAAGUAUAGACACAGGGUCGUUCAGCUGCCGACCUUAUAAAGUUGUUGAGGGUCAGCAAAAUGUCAGAUUCACAUGUCAUGCAACAUCAUCAAAUGAGACUGUGACGUCAUAUAUUUGGAGACGUAACGGUAUUCCAUCAGUAACGGGUAGAGUGCUUGACCUCAGCCCUGUCACCAGGAGCAGAGGCGGAAGCUACACAUGUCUUGGCAGGAACGCAAGGGGGACACAUGUGUCGGAAGCUGCACUACCUGUGACUCUAGAUGUACAGUAUGGUGUCACGGUACAGGUGAAAAGGUCAACCUCUGUCACGGAAUCACAGACGCUUGAUGUGGCCUGCUCUGUCGAUUCACAUCCGGUAGCAACUGUGAAAUGGACAAAGAAAAACGAUGCGAAGUUAACUUCUCAGACUGGGUCUACACUGACCAUCACCAACAUACAGAGAUCACAGUCGGGGACAUAUGUGUGUACAGCUACCAAUACCCUCAGUCCUUGUUUUGGGACAUCUGUAGUGAGAUCUGACUCUGCUGAGGUGAAAGUAGAUGUGCAGUAUAAGCCUCAAAUCCUUACUCUGUCCAUAAACCAUGCAACAAACAGAGUGACUGUCACUGAACAUGAUAGUAUCACACUGAUGUGUUCAGUUGACAGCAAUCCACUCUCGACCGUAAAACUUAUGAAGGGGACAAAGGAACUGACAGCCGCAUUCAACUCACAGACGGUGGAAUAUAAGUGGACAGCGGACUGUAGACACGGCGGGAUAUACUCUUGUGCAGCUGAAAACAGUAUUGAUGAGCCUGCUAGAAGACAUUUGGAACUUUUUGUAGGAUGUUUGCCCAGACCUGAUGACAUGUCGUCUCUAAACCGCAAAUACGUUUCAUCACAUGGUGGCAAUGUCAUACUUUCAAUGACCAUCCUGUCCUAUCCUCGCCCAAGUAUCGUCUGGACCAGACCAGAGGGACAUAACCAGAAUAACCUCACAUCCAGAGAGAUCAGUACCUCGGCUGUGACAGUGACAUCCACUCUACAAUUGAGAAAUUUACAGCCAGAAGACUUUGGGAUGUACCAGCUCCACGCAAACAACGCCUUAGGCCAGAUAGUGGAAACUUUUACACUUGUAUCACAAGGUCCUCCCCUUGCACCUACAGAUGUCACAGUGUCUGUUAAGGAUUCGGCCUCGCUGCACAUUUCCUGGAAACAAGAGUUUAAUGGAGGAUCGGCUCAGAUCUUUACUGUUGAGUACAGCAAAGACAAUGAACACUGGGAUGAGGCAAGAUCAUAUCUAGAAACAGGAAGAGGGAAGGACCUCCAGGCCGUUCUAAGUAAUCUCGAGUCUGACACUAUAUACCAUGUUAGGAUCAUUACAGGGAACAUCUAUGGACACAGUAUGUACACUGUAUCUGUUCAGGGGAGGACAGAAUCACGAUUAAAAGAUCCGGUAGUGAUUGUUUGCAUGAUAAUCGGUGUGCUGAUAGUGAUAGCUGUUGCAGUCAUCAUCGUCUUAUCCACGAAGUCCCGGGCGUGUGCUGAAGAAAGCAAGAAUGAAGGACAAUCACAUUCUGGCGUAAUCCAAAAUAAUCAAGAUUCAGGUAUCUACUCUGGCCUUCGCGACAAGGAGUGCGACAGACAGAUCUACACAGUGCUGAAAUCCUUUGCAAAAUCCUCCACAGAGGGUAAUGCGGUGUACGAAGGUCUUCAAGUGAGGUCACCUCAAGUCUAUGAGGAUAUAAAAACAUCAAUCACAACUGAAACCAAUACAGGUGAUCUAGAUCUACACGUUUAUGAAAAUUGAAAUCACAAGUGAGGAAACCGAAAAACGCCACUGAUAUUUCUAGCUGAUCCUCAAAAGGGAUAUGACUUCACACCUGUUUAAUCGUGAUUCGCACCUGAUCGAAGCUCAGUGAAAAAACAUUAUUCACUCACCCUUUGUAUUCGUACCAUCGCUUUGGCAACGGUCACACUGACACUGUUCGGGUUUGGUGGACGGUUUGGCGUGAAUUAAAUUAUGACGCAAAGAGGACGAGCUUUCAAUUCAAAGAAUGUCACAAUUCUAAAGACCGGAUGUCUUAUUGUUGGACGUCUUUGUGUUUCAACCAGGAAGGUAGCCAUGGUACUGUAAACACGGUGUUGCCUUGUUGUUUGGUCCUUAGUUGAACGGAGAAUGAAAUCGGCGCUUAUUCGCAGCUAUAGAACAGUUGCUUAGCUAAUAAAUAUUUUACUUCCUUGUAGCACUGGAAUAUGUCCAAAUAGGGAUUGAAUGGUGCGCGUGUGUCACGAACGUUUGGGACACAGUGGCAUGUUAUCUGUGCAAUGUCAAUACAAUGACAUGUGUAUUUGUUGAUGUCAUGAAGGUUAAAACCAUUUGGUGGUGAACCUAAAACUAGUCAUGAAUACAUAGUAUGACUUUUGUGUGUAGCAAAUCAUUUCACAUGAUGGCUCUUAAAGAUAAACAUAUGAAUACAAAUACACAGCAUCAAUAAACACCUGUGCGUAGUUUUCCUUAUAGGAAAACAAGAUUGGUACGAUAUUGAUAAAACAGGACAAAUAUAUUCAGAGUCAGAUAUAUUUUUAGAAUGUAAUCACAAUACCUAAGGCUGUUUGUGAUUGAUAUCGCGAAAUUGUUGUCCAGAUAGACGUUACAAUGAUUUAGUGCAAUAACAUAUCAGCCCCGUGCACAAAGACCUACAUAUCAGUAUGUACUAUGACAAAUUGUUGAUCAUCAUAAUCGAUAUUAUAGAUUUUCCAAAUGCAUAAAAAGCAUGUUGUUAUCCUUGUAGCGUUAUCAGUCUCUAAAUGAAAAUGUCUGAAUACGUAUGUAGUUGUAUAUAUAACAAAUGUCACGCAUUUUGCAUUUCAAAUUUUGGGCUGUGUAUGGGCCACUUAUCAAACCAAAUAUGGACAUGCAUGUAUACGUAUUUUUCGUUGGUAAUAGAAAAAAAAUGAAUGUUAUCAUAUUCAGUUGUUCUGUAUUACAUUUUUUCCUCACAUUUGUAUCUGGAUUUUCCUGUACAUACAUUGAAUAAAUGUCCCCACCAGA